AUGUCUUACCCAGAUUUUCUUGAUGACAUGGAAUCUCAACUCGCCAGCUACUUAGGCGAAGAUCCAUCCACAUUCUUAUCCAAUGAGAAUCCGACUGUUUCCGCUCCUGUAGACUCGCUAGAAGAGUCAUCCUACGACGCGAAUGGGCCCUUCACCUGGGACGAUUUCCUCAAUGAAGAGGGAAUUGAAACACACUCUCCUCCUGCCAGCACCUGGGAAUGGGAUCCAAUCCAGGCAGAUUUCUACAUGAAUGAAAUUGUUGCGCCUCCGACAGUUGAUGAACGCUCUUCCGAAGAGUCUACGCAGUCAGCUAGACAAGAAGAAGAUGUUCCCACCAAUUCCGAAAACGAAAAUACCACCGAGCAACCCAUAACAGCAUCUGCCGAGCCUGAACUUCAACUGGAAGAAGACUUGAACAUCCCUGAUGAUGAUCCUCUUUUCGGCGGCAGCACUUCUGACGACAUAGAAGUUACCGAGACUAACGAGGGAAAUCAACCAAAGGCUGCGGCACAAGAAACCAACAGCUCCCCUGAACUUUUGGCUAAUACACCACAAAGUGGUGAAAGUGCUACUUCUGCGCCGAUUACUUCAGGCUCAGAUCUAGACAAUGUCAACACAGAGAAUGACGAUGAUUCCCUGUUUGGUGACUUUGAUGGUUCUGAACUCGGUGAUGGCCCUCAGCCCCCAGAGAAUGAAUCGGCAACAGGUGAUAAGACACCUCUUGACACUUCGACAGAUAGUGUCGACGACCUGUUUGGCUCUGAAUUCGGAGCUGACUUUGAGGCGGAACUUGCGGCGGAACUUGAGGCUGAACUCAAGAAAGACAGUGCAAAUGCUGCAGCUUCCGCCGUUCCAAAGCACACUGGGCUUCACCUUCCAGAACCUUCUCGGAAGGUGGCCAAAUCUCAGGGCCUACAUCUUCCAGACCCCCCACGUGCAAUGGCUAAUCCACAGGUAUUGCACCUCCCCGCACCUCCUCGGAAGUCGGUUGCUCCUCAAGGACUGCACCUCCCAGAACCUCCACGCGCAGCUGUCAAUCCUCAAGGGCUGCACCUCCCCGAGCCCCCAAAUGCAGUGGAUAGUUCACAGGGGCUGAAUCUCCCUAUUGCUCCUCCUCGUGUAGUGGCCGAUACAGAGGGGCUCCACUUACCAAGUCCAUCUCCUGCGCCAGUUGCACAGCAGAGCGGAGUCGACACAUCGGCUCCAGAACCGACUGACGGCCAAGAGGAUGAAGCCUCAACUAGACGCCGCAGAGUCAGAGCCAGCAGAAUCCCGAGAUCAGAUAUGAGCCAACCUAAGGGUAGGGGACAAGCAGGCAAAGUCCUUACCCAACUCUCUGGACCAGCUCCCUCGAAAUUGCCAGACACUGCACCAAGCUCAUCCUCUGGAGCUGAAAAUGCCGCUGAGAAAGUGACGCAUUUGCCUCGAUGGGCUUUUGGCAAAUACACCAAUUUUGGCAAACCUGUCGCUGGAAGCAGAUAUCGGAAGCCAAAUAACUCGGUGCAAAACCCGAUACCCGUUGACGAUGAGCAGGAGUCUGCGGAGCAGACUGAUGAGAUAACCAAUCCUCAAUCGCAGGUUACAGUCCAGUCAAAUGCUGAAAUAGUCGGUGCCAUUGACCUAACUUCGGAUGCUGGGGAUAACAUGGCUGAGGAUAGCAUUCAAGAGAGUCAAAAUCCGACUUUCAAUAAUGGUCAAAACUCUACUCGUACUUUCGAGAACUUCCAGAUCCUUGCCUCUGGCAAUGAUAUGGAAUUCACAUAUGGCGAUGACCAAUUCUUGAAUUCUCCCGGCGAACUGAACUUUCCACCGGUUAUGGACAAUGCAGUACCCACUCCAGAACUGCAGGCAUAUCAGUCGCAUAGUUCCGCGGCCCUGGGUAUCGCACCACCUGUCGCUCCCCAGUAUGGGGUUCUUCUUCCUCCUCCCACAGUGGGGGAUUAUUCGCUGUACGGACAAGACCCAUUGGCCAGAAGCUGCAGUGUCCAUCCAGUACAGUUGCCUAAUGUGCAAGGCACUGACACAUUCGUACAUCAGUCUCCCUACACCAUGGAACAGACCGGUGUUCAAAGCUUCCAGCCCGCUAUUCAGCAAAUGCAGACUGGUAACUACGAACAAGAAAACGCGUAUGGUCUAGGCGAUAACAUGAUUCAAGCCACCCCUGCAGACAUCGGAGGCAGCCAUUCCUUGGGACUGAAUGACAGUCGUCCCACCAAGCGUCUCAGCCACGAACGUGCUGAGUAUAGCAAUCCUCGAGUCUUAAUGACAUACGGCGAGUUCAGGCAAAUCUUCCCGCAAGAAUUAACACGUGGGUGCUUCGAGGUCGCCAUCCAGAACGAGCGGGCAGCAGACACGGCAAUAGUUGCCAGGGGAGGAAUUCCCCCUCAGAGACCGACCAUCCGGAAAUCGAUCAUCUGCACCUGGACCCAGGUCCAACAUCUGAAUCGAAUUCGUGCUGCAAAUGGCGAAAAAUUAUUCGAGCCAAAGCCGAAUGCACACAAACGACCCGAAGCUUUCAAAGAGAGCUUACGGAGGAAGAGACAAGAACGCGGUGAAAUCUCGGAAUCGGAGGAAUCCGACACGGAACCAGAGGCAAAGCGAUUGAGACUCGCUCAGGAGCCAAUGCUAAUGGCUCAGUCGUCUGGUGAACAAAAUGGAGAGCGUAGUUCGCAGAUACGUCCGACUCAGCCUAGUAAUCCACAAGGAUUGGCUGACGUACCGCACCUUCCUCCCAGUCACGGGAUUCCUCAAGCGCCACAUCCUAAGAACAUGGGUCAAGCUCCGGCUAUGCACAUCCAUCAGCCAGUGGCACAGUCUGCCAAGAGAAAGAUGGUGCCGGAGCAGUGGGAGAGACUUGAAUCCGCGGAGCAGGAAAUGGAACCAACUGCCAAGCGACCGAGAAACGCCGCGCCAUCGAGCCAGACUAUCGCGCCAGUGAGCAUCCAAUCUAUGGCUAAACAGUUUCAAGACUACGUCUCGGAGAGACAGUCUGAAUACCUGAAGUUUCGAGUGCCUGAGUUAAGAAAGCUGUGCAAUGAUCGUGGGGUCAUACAUCCCAAUGUCAAUGGCUUGAUGAAAGGCGGUCUGGUGGGCGUUUUGGUGGGACAAGAUGUAAGCCUCCAUCCUGUUUAUAGCCAAAUGCAUCAUCAAGCCCAGGCUAAAAUUGCAACCGGUCAGCAACAUCCAACUUCUGGUGUUGGCAGAAUGGGUAGAAUGAACCCACCAACAGUUGCUGUCAAUCGCACCCAGCAACAGAUCAGAGCACAAGAUCGCUUAGGAAUGCGACAGGAUCGUCCCGGACCUAAUUCUGGUCCUGUCAACAGCAUGGGGAGCAGUUGUGGUCAGCAAGGUCCAUUACUGUUCCGUCCCACUCCUAGCAACAACGCAAAUCGUCCUAGAUUUGUGGGGAAUGGUAACGCUGUUCAGCCAUUGAGGAUUUUUGGUCGCGCCCAACAGUUGCCGAUGAGUAGGGACGUCCGUGGAUUGGCCAAUAAUAGUGGUCAAUCGCUGGGCAAUAUGAGACAGCCUCCGGUGAUUAGCCAGCCUAGUCAUGUGUCUUUGGCAAACCAAGACCGGGAAAAUCUGUACGCCCAAUCACGACUACCGGUCAGCGUCCAGAACAGUGGUUACAACCACAGCGGCAUCCAGCCAAAUGUGAAUGGAGGUCGCAACAACCAUACCGGCACCAACGCUCAAAUUCCAGCUUAUGGUAUUGCUGGUGAUUUUGGUACUGGAAUUUAUCCGCCAGCAAUCGAUGACCGUCGGAGAAAACCCAGGAUUCAGGGUCAAGAUGCACCAAGCAGAGUUCCUCGAGGCAACCAGAGGAGCUUUCCACAACCUGCAAUGAACAACACCGCAGGAAGAUACACUGCCGCUCAGCAGCCGAUGCUUGGUAGUGCCAGUUUACAUGCUCCCGGACAUCACCCAGCCAAUACUCUUGGCUCACAAAUACCAAGACCAGCACACAGCCGAAACAUGGGUGGCGAUCCCCAAAGUCAUCCUCAGGGAGCCCGCCAACAGCAUGGUGCAGCUCAAAAUUCUCGGCCACCUUACUAUGGUCCGCCUCAAGGUUAUCGAUUCAAUGGGCAGCGUUCGGAUCCUGCGCCACCGCGCUGA